CGGUUGCGUCGAAGAAGUAAUCGGCGUCCACAAGUUCGUCCAGUCGCGAAUUUCUUGGCCGUACAUAACGGGCGCGGCGCAUCCUGGACGAAGCUACAGCACCGUUCGCUUCUAAUACAAGUGUGCCACAAACUUCCCUACUCACCCAAGAAAAAGAAAUGUUCUGUAGGGCGAUGACUAUAUGGCUUGGUUAACACUGAUCGCUGCUCUACGCGCAGUGCUUGUUUGUGUCGAGCGUGAAAGCUUGCUCACGGCGAGUUGUGCGCAGCAGGCAACGGCAGCUGUGCUCAACCCGGGCGACAUGGACGACUCUCUGGUCGAAAACUGGCAGUCGAUCGCUCUGAGACUGGCGGACGCGCGCGAUCGUUGGGUCGCUUCCGAACAGAUGGAGUUCGAACAGUGGGCGGUCUUGCUUCCAGCUGACUUCGUGGCAGUGCUUCCGUACGCACUGUCGUUUCCCUCGUUCGACGAGAGUGCCACGUUGUUCGUAAACCAAGGAGGCCUCGGGAACCACGUGGCUUCGGCACUGAGUGAGAUCUUCUUGCAGAGGUACGCGGAUUCGCCCGGUGCUGCCGCCUCCGUCUUGCAGUGCACCGGCAACGCCAGCCGCUUCGACGAGAGUCAGUCUUCGGGCGGGAUGCGUCGCUCGCUGAUGCGGACGCUGGCCCUCGAGGUAUCGCUCGAGGCUUACCAAGCCGCAGGAGUCGGGCACAACGACGAGAGUCUCGAAGGAUUCGGAGGUUACGGUGCCACCGCCAUGUUCUUUGUCGCCUCGUGCUACGUCCUCUGCGGCGGUCACGGCGGAGUGCGACACUCCACUGGCGACGAGUGCGACGAAUCGUUCCGCAACGUGAAUGGCUUUGCGAACGCGUUCGCUUGCGAGCCCGGCAGCCUGAUGAACCCGGUUGAUAAGUGCGGUCUUUAACGUGAGGCUGUUUUUUUUUCUGCGGGUUUCGCUUUGUCUCCUGCCGUGUCUAUUGUUGUUUGUUCUUUGUAACUUGUAUUUAUUUCUAUUCUCGUUUGCUAGGCGAAACAGUGUGACCUGCGCGCGAACGUUUCGGUGACUAAGCAACCUUUCAUAAUUACGCGCUCGACAAGAUAUAUGUACGCGCUCGGAUCUAACAGACAAGUGAACCAAUUGCGCAUUUUACGUUAAUUUUUCAAUGUAUUGACUGCAUCUCUCAAACCCACAUUUUCUGUCGCAGUGCUCCUCCCUUCAUUUCCCACGAGCGCUGGCUUCAGUGCGCGCGUAAAGUGGUCGCACAGCCUCUUUUAUGAGUUAAUCAUCGAGCACAACUUCAUUUCUUUUAAAUGCCUUGUUGAGUCAUACUCAAGCCGCACCGACGAUAGAUAGAUGGCAACUUUACUGAAAUGGAAAAUAUUUGAAGGAGGGGUGGUCGGAGCCUCUCAGUCCAGGGCCCCACUGGCCUCUGCCGCCUGCCUGACCUGGCUAAUUAAGGACUUUUGUCCUGCCAGGUCAGAUCGGGCGAGCUGUGCCUCCCACUGCUCCAUUGUGUUAUUCUCUUUUGGCAAAUAGACCGAGAACCAGGCGGAACGAAUAUAAGUGUGGCUAUGAGCUUUGCUUGGCGUGGUCCUUGUAGUGUAACGUAAUGGGCCAGAAGGCAAUGGACAGGCAUUCGGCUUUUACCAAUCGCUUACCGUCUGUGUAACAGUUUGACGACAAGUGCUAUGGUUUUCCGGGGCCUCUAAGAAAUGCGGCACGUUAUACAGGGUGUCUUAACUAUCAUGCACCAAUGUUUAAAGAUUUAUAUGCAAAUGCCACAUAGCUGGAUGGAACCAAGGUAGUGUUGCUUGCCGUCGCUUGGAGAUGCUCAGAUUAUUUUUUGCAUCCCGCCUAAUUAAUGAAUCAA